UCACGAGAAGAAACUAUGUUCUAGGUGUUUGCAGGUUGCUUUAUUGGCCUAACUUUUUUUAUAGUUCCAAGCAAUUCAGACAAGGCGCUUCUUGGUAUAGUGCUAUUUUGUCUGCUGAAACUAGUGUAGCAUGUUUUCAAUUAGAUUUUUAUUACUUUGUUGUAUUAUACAGCACAAAAAUUGUCUGAAUAACCUUUAAUUAGAUGGCGGUUGUGCCCCAUUACAAGUAAGAAAAAUGUGUUCUGCCUGCGUAUCUCAACCUCCUGCGCUCCAUUAAGGAUGGGUUGUCAAAAUUGAGAGAAGACGACUUAAUGCAGUUUUAGUCGAUCCUAACUUUGAUCUUUUCUCAACGAUAGCCUUUUGUAAGUACAUAUUGAGCAUGUAAAGAUUAUACUAGUAAUUGUUCUCCGAUGGAAACAGUUGCAAGUAGAAAAAGAAAGUCAUAGAAGCUGCCAUGUCUUCCUUCGCCGGCAAGUACCUAAAAAUGAUGAUUGCGAGGCUGCACCAUCGAUGCAAAUCUCACAUAGAACAUCGAAUGCGUAGAUAAUUGUCCAUCUUUGAGAGUGAAGGAACCGUGAAGUAAUAAAAAAACAGAGCUCCAGAAAAUUUGAGUGUGAGAGUUGCAAAUGCUACUAGAAGUUCACCUGCAGUUAUGUUGCCAAAAAUCGUCUCCGGAGGCUUCCCUUGUUCUGGUCAUUCAUUUGUUUUAGUUCCCUCCCACCCUUACCCUCUUCGAGGGAAGUUAAGGGUCUACAAUAUUCAAUAAGUAGAAGUAAGAGGGGUUUCUUUGCAAUUUGCAACUCUUUUUAGAAAAAUAGUCGUACACGGGAAAACUGCAAUAUACAGUUGGUUAAGUUCUGGCGGGAAACGGAGAAAAGAAUCUUGUAACCAACUUAACGGCAAAUAAUAUCUUGACCAAAAUCUCCCCUUCAUCAGUUCUCUGAUUUACUACGCUUCAAGUUUCUGUUAUUCCACAGUUUUGUCUCUAGAAAACCAUCUUCACCUGAAUACAUUUCUCUGCUUUUCUUCCACAAGAGCUUCUGUAAAUUUCUCAGAGAAUCUUCAAUGGCGAGAACAAGAAAUUCCAAGAGCUCAUUCAUCUCUCUCAACCCAUCAUUCUUCACUCAUUUGCUCUCACUAUUUCCCUUCAAUUCCCUCAAUUACUCACCCAAAAGGAACUCAAGAAACACCCAAACACAUCUCUAUUCAUCUCCAUUUCUCUCUUUCUGUUUCCUCUCUCUGCUCAUUUUCCUCACUUUCUUUGGCAUUUUGAUGCUCACAUUCACAACCCUUUUCCAAAAUUCAGUCCCAUGCCCUGAGACUUCUUCUUCUCCUCUGUUAUUAGCCUCUAUUUUGGCUGCAGCAUCAGGUUCUGUUCAAGAUGACCCAAUUACUCUAUCUACUGGAGCAAUGGUGCCGCUUCCGGCUCACGGGGCGGUUGGAAAUAUUUCCGAGGAGGAAAAAGAGUUCUGGAAACAACCAGAUAAUCAGGGAUACAUCCCUUGUUUGGAUUUCAGUCUCAAGAAUCGAAAAGCCUCUGCAAAGAUUUCCAAAGAGAGGAGGAAAUUUUUGGUUGUUGUUGCUUCAGGAGGAUUGAAUCAGCAAAGGAAUCAGAUUGUUGAUGCAGUUGUCAUAGCAAGAAUUCUUGGAGCUGCUCUCGUUGUUCCUGUUUUGCAAGUAAAUCACAUUUGGGGUGAUGAUAGGUAAAAUAUGAAGUUCCCCUUGGUUUUUUUCAACUGUUUUGACUCAUUUGGUUUUCAAGAUUAUAAGUACUUACUUUUGUGUGCAGUGAAUUUUCGGAUAUAUUCGAUGUUGAACAUUUCAAGAAAACUUUGAAAGCUGAUGUUCGAAUUGUG